UGGGAGGGAAAUCAAAAGUGUUGAACUGUGCCCCACAUUACGGAAAGCGUGUUACUGUUUCUGUCCGAUAUCCGGACUGUAAAGGUGUGCAAGAUGUAUGGUUGAUUUCAGGACAUGAUUAGUGAAUGUGGUGGCAUUGGAGAAAGUACUAUCUUUCGCGUUGGGGGACCGAGUCCGAAAAUGUCUCUUGCAGUCCCACGCAGGGGGAUCUAGGCGGGCCACAUAUAAAAGGCGCAUCGGUUUUCUCUCCCCCCCAGCUUUCUUCUACCAUCGUUUCGUUAUUUUUUCAUUGCAUUUCUGCUUUUGUGUCGUUGGGUUGGGCGUUUCGUUCAUUCGUGCAUUUGUUCGUUCGUUCGGGUUUUUGUUCGUUCGUUCGUUCGUUUCUUUGUAGAGUUUUAGUGUUUUUUUUUUCAUUCGUUCGCUUGCGUGUGCUAUUAUUUCGUUUUCCCUACAUUCGUUACUUUUUUUCGUGUGGCCUUAUUCAUUCAUCCGUGUUACCGCAUUCGUUCGCUCGUCGCUUGCAUUCCAUCCCUCGCUUCUCGCUUCAUUUCAUUCUUUGGUUCAAUCAUGACUGUCGACAGGAAAGGAAAGAAGAGGGCAGCCUCACCCGACGCCGAAGAUGCCAUUGCUACAAUGAAGAAAAUUAAGAAGGAAUGCAUCACCUUUCAUCCUGAGGAGGUCACACUUUCCGAACUUCUCGGCGACGACGACCUCACCGCUACCGAAUUACGAGCACUCGCCGCGUACUGGGGCGUCAAAACCAAGGGCUAUACCCGGAGCAAGACUCGGCAACUCAAAGAAUCCAUCGCUAAUGCAAUGAUACGUAGCAUGAAGUGUCCUAAAGCUGGUUCUAGCGCAUCUGUCUCCGAGGAUGAGGAGGACGACGAUGACACUGAAGACGACGCGGCACCUGCUCCCCGCGACGUUGUGGCCAUCCUCUUUGAUGUCACGACUCAUAUCAAGACGCUUUCAAAGCUGAGCGCGGAAAAUUUCACCCGACAUGAAGACUCUAUCGUCGACUUGGCGGCCCGUGUUGAACAUUUGGAAGCCCAGGUCGUCGCAAACACUGAAAGUUUGACAGAUCAGAGCCGGCAGGUUACGGCUUUGAACGCCCAAAAUGAACAGAUCAAUGAGAGACUGAACAAUGCAGAGAGGCAGUGGGUUCGUACCCAUGAGAGGUUAAAUGAAACGGUGGAUCAAAUGAGUGCAAGCAUGGGGGAAAUCCGCAACCAGAUCGGUUGGAUGCAGCACACCACCCAAAACCAGCUUACGACUAUACAGGAAAUCGCACAACGCGAGCACCAAAACUUUGGAAAUGUCCUGAUGACCCUGAACACCAACCUUGCGGAUGUUCAGGCCAGGGUAACCACCAUGAGCAACGAAACAACUGGCCACUUGUUUGCCAUCAACCAUCACGGAUGCGGUCUUCUCAUCGCCAGCAUUUUACCCAACGUCAUGGCCUCAACGUCUACCAAUGUGAUCUUUAGCGCUGAGCCAGAAGAAUACUUUUUCUUUAUCAACCACAAGUGUACCGAAGAGCAACGCAACAGGAUUCUGCACAUGAUGCCGCGAGACGAGCAAAGCACCCAUAUUAGGUUCAUGGCAGUUUACGGAACGCUCAACAAUGUUCAUUGGGCUGUUAACCAGAUGAGGAACUGGCUCUCCAAGCCGUCUAGAGGCAAGGAGUGGAUUGUGCCGCUGUAAAGACUUUUUAUGUACAAAAGUAGUGCGCAGUUUAUUUUGUUGGUUUGGAUGAGGUGGUUGGGAGGGGAUAUUUUCUUGUCGAUACCGUUGUAAUUGUAAAGGUCCAGUACUAGUACCAGUAUCCUUAUGUCUUUC